AUGUGCCAGAAAAAGAUGAACCCACUCACCAAUCUGGUGGUGCCGAAGGCUGUUAUUGAAGUUCCCGAGACCACCACCCUACCCUCCCUACCUCAAACCAGCCAUGUGGCACCAAUCGCUAAGAAAGGGAGGCCCCUUGUUCCAUCAGAUACCCUUACAACAGCACAUAACCUGUAUAUGCAAGAUUAUGUGAAAGAGUACCCUGACACAACUCUUGACGAAUUCCACAUCGCCUUUGCAAAAUUGAUUCAAAAAAAUGUCAGGUACAUAUGUAGAUUACAUAGGACCAAUACAUCAGGAAAUUUAGAUGUAUGA